UACUAUAAGAGUAUUGUGUAACUACAAACCAAGUUAGACAAGCUGCAAAACUCCCACGACAUCUUUUGUAACCCUACAUCGGCAGUCAUGAAGUUCCAGGCUCUGUUCUUUCUCCUGCUUUUGACCUGCAUGUACCUGAGUGUGGCGCAAGGUUCCUAUGGCAAUUGCUGCCUGGGCUACGUCAGGGGUCUAACGAAGAGCGCGAAAAAAAAAAUUGAGAAUUACAGGAUGCAGGAAACAGAUGGCGAUUGCAACAUCAGGGCUGUUGUGUUUUACAUGAAAAAGAAGCCUACUCAUGUCAGACAGCGGACCAUCUGUGCCAAUCCUGGGCACGACUGGGUGCAAACACUGAUGAGAACGGUGGCCAGGAGAGAGGCCAAUUAGAAUGUAAAGAAGACAGAGACAGAAGAAGACGGAAAGCAGAGGAUUGGGACACGGGAGGUUGUCUCCAUACAUCACCUCUACACAGAUGGGUUGGAUCUGGAUCCUGUUUCAGUGGAUUAGCUAUCUCCUGGAGCUGACUAAUGUUAAUCAUGUACAUAGCUUUCCACAACGAUAACAAAUCAUAUCCAUGUUCAUUGCUCUCUAUGUUACAAGUGGCAUAGCAGUAUUAAUGUUGAACCCGAGCCUCAGAACUAGUCACUGCUCAUUGACAUAUACAGCAUGCUGGGAAUGAGCCACCACUUGGCAGCUUUGUAUUGUAUUGUGUGUGUGUGUGUGUGUGUGUGUGUGUGUGCGCGUGCGUGCGUGCGUGCGUGCGUGCGUGCGUGCGUGCGUGCGUGCGUGCGUGCGUGCGUGCGUGAGAGAGCGGGGCACAGAUUUAUGUAUGUCCAGCUGUGUGCUUGUGGGAUUUAUGUUUUUAACCAUAGAAAAAUUUAGAUAAAUUGAGACAUUUUUAUACACAAGCUUUCUGUUUUUUUAUACCAAUGAUACCAAGUGUGCUUAUCUCUCUAUAUAUCCAAUAAAGGAUCUUUAUGAA